AAAUGGUUUCUCCCUUUACCAUAUAGUGGUAAUGCAUACUCAUCCCGGGUUCACUGCGGUUCACGUUUGCCAUGGAUCCAAAGCACAGUCAAGACGAACAGAGCGACGUGUUCGCCGGUUUCCGCACGGCUUUUAAAUCGUUCGCCACAGAGGCUAUUCAUGUUGGUCAGGAGCCGGAGCAAUGGAAAUCGAUGGCUGUAGUGCCGCCGAUUUCCCUUUCUACCACGUUCAAGCAGCAGGAACCAGGAAACCACGCCGGGUUUGAAUACAGUCGGAGUGGAAAUCCUACAAGAAACUGUCUUGAGAAGGCUGUGGCAGCUCUGGAUGGAGCAAAGUACUGUCUUGCUCUUGCCUCGGGGCUGGCGGCCACAGUGACCAUCACCCACAUGCUCAAAGCAGGUGAUGGGAUCGUCUGCAUGGAUGACGUGUACGGAGGCACAAAUCGCUACUUCCAAAGAAUUGCUUCUCAAGUUGGUCUGGAGGUGUCUUUUGCUGACUGCACAAAACCAGAGCUGCUUAAGGCUGCACUGAAGGCCAACACUAAACUGGUGUGGAUUGAGACGCCCACCAACCCCACGAUGAAAGUUGUUGACAUCAAAGCCUGUUCUGAUUUGGUCCACGAGCAUAACAAGGACAUAGUGGUGGUCGUGGACAACACCUUCAUGUCUGCCUAUUUCCAGCGCCCCUUGGCUUUGGGAGCUGAUAUUUGCAUGUACUCAGCCACCAAAUACAUGAACGGUCACAGUGAUGUGGUAAUGGGUCUGGUUUCAAUGAACCGGGACGAUCUGCAUGAGCGAAUGAAGUUUCUGCAAAAUGCACUGGGUGGUGUACCAUCUCCCUUCGACUGCUUCCUGUGUAACCGUGGACUGAAGACGCUACACCUGCGGAUGGAACGGCACUUCAAGAAUGCAAUGGCCGCUGCCAAGUUUCUCGAGGCUGAUCCCAGGGUGGAGCGUGUCAUCUUCCCAGGGCUGCCCUCUCACCCACAGUAUGAAGUGAUGAAGAGACAAUGCACUGGGUGCCCGGGGAUGAUCACAUUCUACAUUAAGGGGAAACUUGAGCACGCCACCACCUUCCUCAGUAGCCUCAAAAUGUUUGCCAUAGCUGAGAGUCUGGGUGGUUAUGAAAGUUUAGCAGAACAUCCGGCGAUUAUGACCCAUGCAUCAGUGCCAGAAAAAGAGAGGGAUGUGCUGGGGAUCAGUGACACACUGAUCCGGCUCUCUGUGGGACUGGAGGAUGAGGCCGACAUCAUUGAAGACCUGGAGCAAGCACUUGCUGCUGCUCAUCCAAAGAAAAAAUGAAAUGUCUUCAGGGCGUCCUCGAGGCUGAGGGUGAUUCAUUCAAAGUCAGGAUGAAGACCGGAGGUACCUGAGGUUUUAAAUCAUUGCAGAUCAACACAUGGUACCUCAGUUCAGCGCACAAACGACACCAGGGAACAAACUGUUCUUAAAAAAAAGAAAAUACAAAUCAUAUGAUCUCUGAACAAUUAACAUUACUGAGAAUCUUUUUAAUGCCUGUUUUACUAGAACAUCAGUUGUAAUAUUAUUUAUCUUCAGCUGGUUUUGCAUGUUUUCAUGUUUGUAUGUGUUUCGUUAUAACUUGGAGGGCAUCAAUGUGGUAAAAGUCCUAUUCAGUCAAGACUGACACAGUAUAAGUUUUUGCAGAAGAAGACCACACACAAUAGUUUGUUUAAUCUUGCUAUAAAUAAUGUGUUCUUCAGGCUGCCUUCUAGUUUUGAUGCACAGACCAGCCUCUAAAUGGAAAGUUUUAUAUCUCUGUACUUAAUGCAUCUGCAACUGUAAUCUGUAUUAAUAAUUUGCUAUAUUUUCUAAUUCUAACUGGCAUAGUUUGCUUUGUAAAACAUGUAGAUGUGCUCUCAUUAGUCGAGUUAGCUAAAUGCGGGCAACACUAAUGCCGCCACCUACUGUCCAAAGUCAGAAAUAUUUUCUGAUUGGCUGUCAGCAUCUGCUAGAUGAUCUUAGAGGCUCUCAAGGAGAUUUAGAUGAAUAUUAUCACACCAUAAAGAACAAAAUAAUAUUUACAUAAAAGUGAGUAGAAAUGUGUUAAUUUUGUUGCAGAAGCAAAAGCAUAAACUGGAUGCCAGCUUUGUUUGACUAGAACUUGAUAUUAUGCUUCAAGUGUUUGUAUGCCUUGUGAAGAAGAGGAGGGCAACCUUAUUCCUCAAGUUUAAGACUAAUCAGGAUAUUUGCCAAUAAAUGAGGGAGUGUUUCGUACGGACAUGCCGUAUUGGGAGCAGACCAGCAAUGACACAGCUGAAGGGUUUUUAUUGUACCAACAGAAAGCUGUUACAGGAGCAUUUCUCAGAACAAUGUUUGAUGAUAAACUUUAUGUGUGUUUGAACUCAAGUGAAAGCAUUUGGGCCAAUGACAAAAGCUAAAUUUCUCCCAGGUCAGGUUUCACAUGGUUUGUAUCUGUGCAAAGAAAAUGUUUUACUCAGGCACUCCCUCCUCCUGCUUUUCUUCCCACGUCACAUCACUGCUCAAGUAUCCUCUUCACGAUCAGUGUCAUUUAUGUAACCAACAGAUCCAUUAAAAUUAGUUUGCAGUAUAA